UUUUUUUUCUUCCUCCUUGAAUAACCAAUUCCUUUUUCACUCUCGUUCCUAGAGUCGUCUUGUUUUUCCCUUGACGAUCUCCUCUCUUCCUACUAUCCUAAGAGCGGAAUUACACUACAUCGCCCUGUUACAUCUGAACCCCUCAUAAGCUAUUGUCGGGACCACGGCUUUCACCAUGUUGGCCACUCGACAGGUCCUGGGCAAUGUUGCCCGGUCGCGGGUCAUGACUGGCAUGAACAUGCGAAGGUGCAUGGCUACCGUGACAGAUUCUCCCCUAGACAGAAAAGUAAAACAAAAUAACUGGGAAGAAAGCAACUUCAUCAACUACAAGAAGAUGUCUGAGAACCUAGCUAUUGUUCGCGGCCGUCUUAACCGACCCUUAACCUACGCCGAGAAGAUCUUAUACUCCCACCUCGACGACCCACAUGGACAAGAUAUCGAGCGGGGCGUUUCUUACCUAAGGCUACGUCCUGAUCGUGUCGCUUGCCAGGAUGCCACAGCCCAGAUGGCUAUCCUACAGUUUAUGUCUGCUGGCAUGCCUUCAGUGGCAAACCCCACUACUGUGCACUGUGAUCACUUGAUUGAGGCACAAAUUGGUGGGGUUAAGGAUCUUGAGCGAGCUGUUAGUAUCAACAAGGAAGUUUACGACUUCCUUUCCUCUGCAUGCGCCAAGUACAACAUCGGCUUCUGGAGACCUGGUUCUGGUAUCAUUCACCAGAUCCUUCUCGAGAACUAUGCUUUCCCCGGUGGUCUACUGAUCGGUACUGAUUCCCACACACCCAAUGCUGGUGGUCUGGGUAUGUGCGCCAUUGGUGUUGGUGGUGCUGAUGCUGUUGAUGUCAUGGCCAACCUCCCUUGGGAACUGAAGGCCCCUAAGAUCAUUGGUGUCAAGCUUACUGGUAAACUCAACGGCUGGACCUCGCCUAAAGAUAUUAUUCUGAAGGUUGCUGGAAUUCUUACCGUCAAGGGUGGUACUGGUGCUAUUGUGGAGUAUCACGGAUCCGGUGUUGACAGCAUCUCUGCCACAGGAAUGGGAACGAUCUGCAACAUGGGUGCUGAAAUCGGUGCUACGACUUCUCUGUUCCCCUUCAACGACCGCAUGUACGACUACUUGAAGGCUACCAAGCGUACCGACAUCGGUAACUUUUCGCGCGACUAUGCCAAGGAGCUGCGCGAGGAUGAGGGUGCGGAGUACGACCAGCUUAUCGAGAUCGACCUUAACAACCUCGAGCCGCAUAUCAAUGGACCCUUUACUCCCGAUCUAGCGACGCCCAUCUCCAAGUUCACCGAGGCUGUCAAGGCUAACAACUGGCCGGAGGAUCUUAAGGUUGGUCUGAUUGGAUCCUGCACGAACUCCUCGUACGAGGAUAUGUCUCGGGCUGCUUCCAUUGCCCGCGAUGCUCUUGACCACGGUUUGAAGGCUAAGGCCGCUUUCGUUGUCACCCCCGGUUCCGAACAGAUUCGUGCCACCAUCGCCCGUGACGGUCAACUCCAGACCUUCGAAGAAUUCGGCGGUGUUGUUCUAGCUAACGCUUGUGGUCCCUGCAUUGGUCAAUGGGAUCGACGGGACGUCAAGAAGGGCGAGGCAAACUCCAUUCUUUCUUCCUACAACCGUAACUUUACCGGUCGAAAUGACGGCAACCCCGCAACCCACUCCUUCGUUACCUCGCCCGAUCUAGUCGUCGCCCUCUCCAUCGCUGGAAGCUUACACUUCAACCCCUUAACCGACAAGCUAAAGGACAAGGAUGGCAACGAGUUCCAGCUCAAGGCCCCUACCGGUGACGGUCUCCCUACCAGGGGAUACGACCCGGGUAAUAACACUUACCAGGCUCCCCCUGCCGACCGCGCCUCCGUCAGCGUCCAGGUCUCGCCCUCUUCCGACCGUCUCCAGAUCUUAUCGCCCUUCCAACCGUGGGACGGCAAGGAUUCUUUAGACAUGCCCAUUCUGAUCAAGGCGCAGGGCAAGACCACUACUGACCACAUCUCUAUGGCCGGUCCGUGGCUCAAGUACCGUGGCCACUUGGACAACAUCUCCAACAACAUGUUGAUCGGUGCUAUCAACGAAGCCAACGGUGAGGCGAACAAGGUCAAGAACUCGACCAACGAGGAAUGGGACGCGGUUCCGGCUGUCGCCCGUGACUACAAGGCUAAGGGAAUUAAGUGGGUCGUCAUCGGUGACUGGAACUACGGAGAGGGAAGUUCUCGAGAGCACGCCGCCUUGGAGCCCCGUCAUCUCGGUGGUCUAGCCAUCAUUACCCGAAGCUUUGCCCGUAUCCACGAGACCAACUUGAAGAAGCAGGGUAUGCUUCCUCUUACCUUCGCGGAUCCCGCCGACUAUGACAAGAUCAAGCCCGAAGACAGAAUCGACCUGCUUUGCACAGAACUAGCCGUUGGGAAACCCCUAACAAUGAGGGUACACCCCAAGAACGGCGAGACCUUCGAGGUCAAGUUGAACCAGACGUUCAACGAGGCCCAGAUCGAAUGGUUCAAGAACGGAAGCGCAUUGAACACAAUGGCCAAGCGCAGCAAGAAAUGAAAAGGUCACUAAAUGAAGCAGUCGACCAGCUUAGUAAUAUAGGAAAGGAACAGGAGAACGCAGGCGCAUUGUGGGGAGGCCUGCCAGAACUGUCGGACAAGGGGUGUAUAGGGUCCUGGGUUACGCAUGUCAUGUUUUAUGGGAUCAUUAUAUUCCCAAUUCGUCGUGACAUUACUCGAGCCGUUAUUAGAACCUUUUUUGUUUUGUACAAAAUGAAUUUACGAAAGUUAAAACAUUGUCGGUCAGCUAGCCCAUUUCCUACAUGUGACGUUAGACUAUUAGUAUCCAUUGCUAUUGCAGAUCUUUCAUCAGCUUAGUUUAGGGGAGUUGAUAGGGGCUGUAAGGGUUAGGUAGGAAGUAUUCUGUAUGUAGCCUUUAAUUGCAUCCAUUUCUGG